AUGGGUAAUAAAAAAUCGAAAAGUUUAUCAAAACCUUCGCAGUCAAUGAACAAAGCAGUUUUGGAAAACAUUUUAAAGAUUGACGUUACGGAUUACGAACGUAUUAGACGGGAGCAACAACUAUUUAAAGUAUUUUGGCAUAAUAACUUUUCAGCACCUGUUCAUAAUUUACUAAUCAGAAAUGGAACAAAAGUAUUAGAAGUUGGUCCUGGCAGUGGUAUUUGGGCGGGCGAUAUGGCAGCCGACUAUCCUUUGACGCAUUUUACAUGUUUCGAUAAAACAUCGAACUUUGCAUGUCCAGUGAAUACUCAUAAUGUGGAAUUUGUCCUUGGAGACGCAAAAGAUGGUUUACCGUUUGAUUCAAAUACGUUCGACUAUUGUUACGCACGGUCAGCCUAUUUAUGGAUAAGUUUAUGUAAGAAGAAGGUGACGCACGGUGAAUAUGGAAUAAAUGAGUUAAUACGAGUUUGUAAACCUGGAGGAUGGAUCGAAUUAUUGGAGUAUAAAUUUCAGAUUUAUGAUGCAGGGCCAAGAAGCAACGAACUAAUGAAGAAAUUUCAAUUAAACGUAGGAUCUUGCACUGAUUUAAAUAUAUCUGAUAAACUCGAAGAACUUUUACAUGAUAAUGGACGAUUAAUGCCCAUUCGAUAUAAUGACAAAGUUAUGCCGCUAUAUGUUAAAGAUGGAAAAGUCGCAGAAUUAGCGGUACAAUGCAUAUUACCAACCAUAAUAAAAAUGAGCAGUUUGUCUCAAGAACUUUCGCCUGAAGAGUUCAAAGAAACAUAUAAGCUUUUACAUUACGAGUGCAACCAAUAUGAAUCUCAUAUGAAACAUAAUGUAUUUUUUGCGCAAAAAAUUAGAUAA